UUUUCACGACCAGCACUUCGCCAGAUUUCACAGAGGACACGCCCUGCAACAGCAUCUUUCAGAGCUCUGAACCUAUAUUCAAAGUCACACCCACUCUAUUUCUAACUUCUGUUCCGCCCUUUCUACAGCUACCUAAACAAGGCCCACCUUACGCGUUGCCCGCUCCUCUACCACCUCCAGCUUCCUGCCAAACCUCAAAAGCAUCCAAAAUGGCCCGUAUACAGAUCCCCCUCGACGUUCUGGCUUCUCGCCUGAACCUCCAGGACCGUCUUGCCAGCAUGCGCUCCGGAUCCAUUGCCAACAGGUUCUCCAACCUACGUCCCUUCUCCGAGUUCUUCGAUUUCAAGCGCCUGUCCAAGCCUGUCAACUUUUCCGAGGCCCAGUCGCGCGUCAAUUACAACCUUUCCUACUUCUCCAGCAACUAUGCCGUGGUAUUCGUCAUGCUCUGCAUCUACGCUCUCCUCACCAACCCAAGGCUGCUGUUCGACAUCAUCUUUGUCGUCGUCGGCAUGUGGAUGAUCGGGAAGCUCGAGGGCCGCGACCUCGAGAUUGGCAGCCACCGCUUCACAACAUCGCAGCUCUACACGGCACUCUACGUCAUUGCGAUCCCGAUCGCCCUGAUUUCUUCGCCUUUGACCACCGUCCUGUGGCUCAUCGGCGCCAGCGGCGUGGUCAUCCUCGGCCACGCCUCCAUGAUGGAUAAGCCUAUCGACGAGGCUUUUUCCGGGGAGGCGGUCUAGGUGGUCGGCCGCGAGCUCCCAAAUAUGCGCCCCCUUGGGGAAGACCAUCGAGGCGCGUGCGGCGGAGGAAUGGCGCAUUUGAGGACGGCAGCGUUCGUGAUGUGUGGAAUACGCG